AGACCAUUUUUAUAUGUGUAGACCCUUUAAAAGAAGCAGCAGAAGGAAGAAAGAAAGAAAUAAAUGGAGGAGAAAGAAGAGCUCAAAAAGUCUAAGGUUAUUAAAAUAGACUCUCAAAAAUCAUGGGAACACCACAUCUCUUAUGCUACCAAUCAAAAGUACCCUAUUGUAGUUCAUUUCUCUGCUUUCUGGUGUGUCCCUUCUUUAGUUAUGAAUCCUUUCUUUCAAGAAUUGGCCUCCACUUAUGAAGAUGUUUUGUUUCUGACGUUGGAUGUGGAUGAGGUUAAGGAAAUUGCCUCCAAGAUGGAAAUCAAAGCCAUGCCCACCUUUCUGUUGCUGAGUGGAGGGACUCCUGUGGACAAAAUUGUGGGUGCAAAUCCUGAUGAAAUUAGGAAAAGGAUUGACCAUUUUGUUCACUCAACUCGUUCCUAGAACUGUUGUUCAUUGUGCUAGGAAGCAUUUCAUAUAUGUUUUAUAUUCCAAAGUAAUAUUUAUACGGGUUGUUCUGUGCUUGUUUCAUUGUUGAAGUAUAUGUUUGGUGACCCGGGAAAGUCAGUAGAGUGUGAAUGGUACUUUGUAUUGAGUUUCAUCAUGAUGGCAUUAUUCUCUUAUAAUAUCCUUUCUUCUUGUAUCAUCCAAGCGUACCACCUCAUUGGAUUGAAACUAAAAUUAUUUCUAAUAUAAUAAACAUUAUUGCUUAA